AUGAACAUGGGGAUGGGCCACGAGGUCUUCAGCUACUUCGUUCCCCGCAAGAAGCGUUAUGAAGGUGAACUUCUUGGCCCUCUAAGGUGCCAUCCCACUCGACUCAAUGGACCCGUGCCACUCUUGGCGUCACAGAUUCAUCUCAAGGCAGGUCACAGCGUCUCGGUGAUGGAAUCCAACCUCCUUCAGGCUCCUCUCCAUUGCCACGAGGUCACCGACAGUCGUCGUUUCUUGUUGAUCUGGAACGGCGAGGAUGAGAAAAGAACCGAUAGAGAAAAGAACGGCCCAAAGGGCCAGACUGCUCAGGUGUCGCAACUCUACUUGCGUCCGUUGUCCCGGAUUUGCGUUGUUGGGCAAGUUGAACCCAUACGGCUCGUGCAAGCUCCCACGUCGCGCGAGUGUGCACAGAUGAGGUCCAGCUGCAUCCGUCACAUGUUACAUCAUGCUCAGGGAAGAUGGUUGAAAGAUUUCAAAGGGGACUUGGGCGAUGAUGAGGUGGAUGAGGGUGAGCAGACGACGAGGGCCUUACGGCAAAACAUUUUGCCAUGCAUCUCCAAAUGGUUUCCAGAUCAGGCCAGUCUAGUCAGAGCGGAGUUUAAAGAAUCAAGAGGUUUGGAUGCUCGUUAUGAUCUGCCGGAGUCCGUGUGUUUGCUGGAGUCCAUGCGCAGGGGUGAAGAACGGCUGCGAAUGCUUGGAAUUGACCACUUGUAUCAUUUCGAUUCGCAGCUGAUGAAGGCACUUCAGGAUUUGGAAGAGCUGGAGCGCAGGAGAAAAGGAGAGCAAGACGUGCUACGCGCCAGAUGGGCUUUAGAACAGCUUCAGCUGGCACCUUGGAACUUGGCCAGCCGAUAUGCCAGCUUUCGGAAGAAGAAGGGUAGCCUCUUGGCCAUUGCAGGCCCAGGCGAUCCCAGCAAUGGACGUCUGGAAGGUAUCAGCUUUUUGCCCCUUCUGGUGAAACAAUUAGGUGACUGCUUGGCACUCGCGAAAUUGUGCUUGGAGAAGGAUGGUGGCCUCUGUCUCAGGCUGAAGCAGCUUGGCUUCAGUGACGAGAGGAUCGAAGCUUUAGGACGAUGGGAUCGGAUAGCUCUCCUUUGCACCAAGCUGGGUCGAGAGGAGAAGGAUUCGCAAGUGUCCUGCGUGACAGGCUGGAGCAGAGUGACUUUGCCAAACCCAAAGCAGGCGACGGCGGAAUUGCGCCAGAGACACGAUCGACUUCUACAAGAUGCCUUCCAUCGGCAGCUCUUGGUCUUGGCUGGCCCAGCCACCACACCCACACCAGCCGUACCUGCGCUAGCAGGCGGCGAGGGUCAGAAAGAUGUGGACAUCCCAGAUGCAGAAGCAGCAGAAGCGGCCUUGAUUGAAGCCUUGGAAGAUUCGCCAAAGGAACCAGUCAAAUCUCCUGAAGCUCGUGAAGAAAGUGAUGACGAUAAGAUGGAAAUGCAACGUUUUCGUGACCAAAUUGGCAUCAAACCGAAGACCUCUGUGUCCACAGCUGCAACCUCUUCGACUGCUAGCGCAGCUGCCAGCGCAGCCACGCAGAUGCAGUCGAAGCCCGUGAAGAUGCUGAAGGUCGUGAGCAUGUCCUGGGGAGCUCUGGGACACGAGCCACAGGAGCGCGUGCUCUACGUCUUCGGCGAAGAGAACAUUCGGCUUUACAAGCAGUUGAGAGGUGAGCCUGGUGAGAAGAGUGAGAAGAGUGAAAGGCUCGGAAGGAGCGAACAUGAAAGCCAAGUGGUACGUCAGGCCAAGCCGGGCACGUCAGGCCGCAGCAACCUGUCCCGAGCGAGUGACUGCAGCGCAACGAAAAGAGAUGAUGAACGUGAAAGCCAGUUAGCCCGAGGCCUAAAGGCUACCAUGCCAGGCCAGGCCAAACCUCGCCUUUUAAAGCGCACCAAAUCUGUGAUCACAGAGAUGAGUGAUUCCAACAAAGUUUCGAAGCUUUCUAGUUGA